GAUAAGAGCUGCAGCUCCAGCCGCUCCAGCUGCUCCAGCUUAUAGGUGCGAUCAGCGGUGAGCUUGCUGCAUCAGCACCCUGUCGCAAUAUAACACCCGUGAUUAUAUUCGUAGUAGCAUUUGCCAGUUACGCCUCUCUCUCUCUCUCUCUCUCUCUCUCGCUUUCCAAUCAGCAUGGGGAGGCUAUUAUCGAGAAUCAUUUGCGUUUCGAGGAGCAGGGCGAGCCGCUCCCGAUUCGUCUCUCCGAAUGGGUAUUCGCCUUUUCGCGAUCCAGGUCACGUAUCAAGAGUAUCGGGAAGUGGGUUCUUGAGAGCUCCGUGGUUUUUGGGUGGAGCGAAGAGCUUCAGUAGCGAGACAGACAGGAGGGAAUCGAUCGAGUACGACGUCGUCAUCGUCGGAGCUGGACCUGCUGGUUUGUCUGCGGCUAUAAGGUUGAAGCACUUGUGCCGGGAAAGAGACUUCGAUCUGUCAGUGUGCGUUGUUGAGAAAGGACCCCAAGUUGGUGCUCACGUCCUAUCUGGAAAUGUUUUCGAGCCACGGGCGCUCAAUGAACUUCUCCCUGAUUGGAGGAAUGAAGAGGCUCCGGUUGAUGUACCUGUUUCAUCAGACAAGUUCUGGUACCUCACAAAGGAUCGUGCAUUUGCACUUCCUUGCCCUUUUGACAAUAGGGGAAACUAUGUUAUAAGUUUGAGUCAGUUGACACGGUGGAUGGGUGUGAAAGCUGAAGAGCUUGGUGUAGAAAUAUAUCCUGGCUUUGCAGCUGGAGAGGUACUUUAUGAUUCAAAUGACAAUGUUGUUGGAAUUGGUACUAAUGACAUGGGCAUCUCGAAAGAUGGUUCAAAGAAGGAAACUUUUCAGCAUGGGGUGGAAUUGAAGGGAAAGUUAACACUGCUUGCUGAGGGUUGCCGGGGAUCGCUGUCCGAGAAAAUUAUAAGUAAAUACAACUUACGGGGAAAGGUGCAGGCACAACAUCAGACGUAUGCUUUAGGAAUCAAAGAGGUCUGGGAAAUUGAUGAGAAUAAGCAUGAGCCCGGUGCUGUGCUUCACACAUUGGGCUGGCCUUUAGAUCAUAAGACAUACGGGGGAUCUUUUCUGUACCACAUGAAAGACAGACAGGUUUCUAUUGGCCUUGUGAUUGCUUUAAAUUAUCAAAACCCUUACUUAAACCCCUACGAGGAGUUUCAGAAAUUCAAACAACAUCCUGCCAUCAAAUCAUUGCUAGAAGGUGGGACAGUUAUCCAAUAUGGGGCUCGCACGCUGAAUGAAGGUGGUUUCCAGUCUAUUCCAUAUCCAGUUUUCCCUGGAGGAGCGCUUGUAGGUUGUUCAGCUGGCUUUCUAAAUGUGCCAAAAAUAAAGGGAACACACACCGCAAUGAAAUCAGGGAUGCUAGCUGCAGAGGCUGCAUUUUCAGUACUUAGUGAAGGAUCAAGCAUAGAGGUUUAUUGGGAUUUUCUAAGGCAGUCAUGGAUAUGGGAGGAACUGAAGAAAGCUCGCAACUAUCGACCGGCAUUUGAAUAUGGGCUUCUUCCUGGAUUAGCAAUCAGUGGUCUAGAGCACUAUCUAUUUAAAGGAAGGUUGCCCUUCACACUCAAACAUGGCAAACCUGAUCACGAGGCAACAAAUGAGGCAAAGUUACACACUCCCAUUGAAUACCCACGGGCUGAUGGCAUUCUGUCUUUUGAUGUGGCCAUGUCAUUACACAGGAGCAACACAAAUCAUGAACACGACCAGCCAGCUCAUCUUCGAUUGAGGGACCCUACAAUCCCAGAGUUAGUGAAUUUGACAGUGUAUGCUGGACCAGAAUCGCGAUAUUGCCCUGCACGUGUAUAUGAAUACGUGCCAGAUGCAAAGGGAGAGCUAAAAUUGCAGAUAAAUGCUCAAAAUUGCUUGCACUGCAAGGCUUGUGAUAUCAAAGACCCGAAACAGAACAUUGAAUGGACUGUCCCAGAAGGAGGCGGUGGUCCUGGCUACUCAGUAAUGUAGUUUUGCAUAUCCUGUAUAUGCAUCAGAUUUUGAAAUGUAAUACAUCGUAAAUAUGCUGUGUCAACUUGGCCUUGCUUGAUGCUUUUAGAGGAACUUCCAUGUCAUAGUUAUGGGACUUGUGCGGACUUUUUGUCUUUCUUUCGAUUUAAAUUUAAAAACAUCAUUCAUGAUGUAUUCUUGUCUAACCUCUUACUGCUUUUACGUAAUAACUAGGCAGUUUAAUUUUGUGUUAUGGUC